AUGGGGAUCUCCACGGUCAUCAUCCAAAUAUGUCUCUUAUGGGGCCAAAUUCUUUCUACAGGAACAGAGUCUCCUUUGGCUGUGAGGCUGGUGAAUGGAGGAGACAGGUGUCAGGGUCGUGUGGAGGUCCUUUACCAGGGUUCCUGGGGCACCGUGUGUGAUGACGGCUGGGACACCAAUGAUGCCAACGUGGUGUGCAGGCAGCUGGGCUGUGGCUGGGCCGUGUCUGCCCCUGGAAAUGCUCCAUUUGGACAGGGCUCAGGGCCCAUUGUCCUGGAUGAUGUGGCCUGUACAGGACAUGAGUACUACCUGUGGGGCUGCUCCCACCGAGGCUGGCUCUCCCAUAACUGUGGACACCAUGAGGACGCUGGAGUCAUCUGCUCAGCUUCUCAAGCAAGCUCUCCCACACCUGGUUGGUGGAACCAAGACCCGACAAUGAAUGACUUUUUUUCCCCUUCCAAGAGCAGUUCCCACUGUGUCAAGGCAGCUUUGCCUCUGAGGCUGGUGAAUGGCAGGUACCGGUGUCAGGGCCGGGCGGAGGUCCUGUACCAAGACUACUGGGGCACCGUGUGUGACGACAGCUGGGACAGUCAGGAUGCAGAUGUCAUCUGUCGGCAGCUCAGCUGUGGCCAUUCUGUAUCAGCACCCGGAGAGGCCCAUUCUGGAAUAAUCUCUGGAAAGCAGACCACUCCAGAGCCGUACACCACUCCAGAGGCUACCACCACUCCAGAGCCUUAUUCACCAAUAGGAACAGAGUCUCCUUUGGCUGUGAGGCUGGUGAAUGGAGGAGACAGGUGUCAGGGUCGUGUGGAGGUCCUUUACCAGGGUUCCUGGGGCACCGUGUGUGAUGACGGCUGGGACACCAAUGAUGCCAACGUGGUGUGCAGGCAGCUGGGCUGUGGCUGGGCCGUGUCUGCCCUUGGAAAUGCCCCGUUUGGACAGGGUUCAGGGCCCAUUGUCCUGGAUGAUGUGGCCUGUACAGGACAUGAGUACUACCUGUGGGGCUGCUCCCACCGAGGCUGGCUCUCCCAUAACUGUGGACACCAUGAGGACGCUGGAGUCAUCUGCUCAGGAACAGAGUCUCCUUUGGCUCUGAGGCUGGUGAAUGGAGGAGACAGGUGUCAGGGUCGUGUGGAGGUCCUUUACCAGGGUUCCUGGGGCACCGUGUGUGAUGACGGCUGGGACACCAAUGAUGCCAACGUGGUGUGCAGGCAGCUGGGCUGUGGCUGGGCCGUGUCUGCCCCUGGAAAUGCCCCAUUUGGACAGGGCUCAGGGCCCAUUGUCCUGGAUGAUGUGGCCUGUACAGGACAUGAGUACUACCUGUGGGGCUGCUCCCACCGAGGCUGGCUCUCCCAUAACUGUGGACACCAUGAGGAUGCUGGAGUCAUCUGCUCAGACUACACCUGCGGAGGUCUCCUGGACAGGCACUAUGGGAACUUUUCCAGUCCAUUCUACCCUGGGAAUUAUCCCAACAAUGCUAGAUGUGUGUGGAACAUUUUGGUCCCAACCAACAACCAUGUGACUCUGACCUUCAGAGAUGUGCAGCUUGAAGGAGGCUGCAGCUAUGAUUAUAUCCUGCUUUUUGAUGGUCCUCAAUACAAUUCCUCCCUCAUUGCUCGGGUUUGUGAUGGGGCCAAUGGAUCUUUCACCUCAACACGGAACUACAUGUCCGUAGUCUUCAUCACUGACGGCAGUGUCACCAGGAGAGGGUUCCAGGCUAACUACAUCGCUACCUUUGUCCCUGCCACCACUUUUCCAUCGACAUUCCCGACCAUUCCUGAUUGGUGGGAUACAACAACUCCUUCCCCUGUGAACUACACCUGCGGAGGUCUCCUGGACAGGCACUAUGGGACCUUUUCCAGUCCAUUCUACCCUGGGAAUUAUCCCAACAAUGCUAGAUGUGUGUGGAACAUUUUGGUCCCAACCAACAACCAUGUGACUCUGACCUUCAGAGAUGUGCAGCUUGAAGGAGGCUGCAGCUACGAUUAUAUCCUGCUUUUUGAUGGUCCUCAAUACAAUUCCUCCCUCAUUGCUCGGGUUUGUGAUGGGGCCAAUGGAUCUUUCACCUCAACACGGAACUACAUGUCCGUAGUCUUCAUCACUGACGGCAGUGUCACCAGGAGAGGGUUCCAGGCUAACUACAUCGCUACCUUUGUCCCUGCCACCACUUUUCCAUCGACAUUCCCGACCAUUCCUGAUUGGUGGGAUACAACAACUCCUUCCCCUGUGAACUACACCUGCGGAGGUCUCCUGGACUGGCACUAUGGGAACUUUUCCAGUCCAUUCUACCCUGGGAAUUAUCCCAACAAUGCUAGAUGUGUGUGGAACAUUUUGGUCCCAACCAACAACCAUGUGACUCUGACCUUCAGAGAUGUUCAGCUUGAAGGAGGCUGCAGCUACGAUUAUAUCCUGCUUUUUGACGGUCCUCAAUACAAUUCCUCCCUCAUUGCUCGGGUUUGUGAUGGGGCCAAUGGAUCUUUCACCUCAACACGGAACUACAUGUCCGUAGUCUUCAUCACUGACGGCAGUGUCACCAGGAGAGGGUUCCAGGCUAACUACAUCGCUACCUUUGUCCCUGCCACCACUUUUCCAUCGACAUUCCCGACCAUUCCUGUAAAUGAGUCUUCGUUGGUGCUGAGGCUGGCCAACGGAGGAAACCGCUGUCGGGGCCGAGUGGAAAUCCUGUACGGAGGCUCUUGGGGCACCGUGUGUGACGACAGCUGGGACAUCAAUGAUGCCAAUGUGGUGUGCAGACAGGUUGGCUGUGGCCCGGCUCUGUCUGCCCCAGGAAAUGCUCCGUUUGGUCAGGGCUCAGGGCCCAUACUCCUAGAUGAUGUGGCCUGCUCAGGGUAUGAGUCUCACCUGUGGUACUGUCGUCACCGUGGCUGGCUUGUCCAUAACUGUGCCCAUUCUGAAGAUGCCGGAGUCAUCUGCUCACUCCCCGAGGCGACAUCCACUCCCAGUCCAGUUUGGUGGACGACAACAACUCCUUCCUAUGUAAACUACACCUGCGGAGGUUUCCUGACCCAACCCUUUGGGAACUUUUCCAGUCCAUUCUACCCCAGGAACUACCCUAACAAUGCCAGAUGUGUGUGGAACAUUGAGGUCCCAAACAACUACCGUGUGACUAUGGUCUUCAGAGAUGUGCAGCUUGAAGGGGGCUGCAGCUACGAUUAUAUUGAGAUUUUCGAUGGCCCCCACCACAGUUCUCCUCUCAUUGCUCGGGUCUGUGAUGGGGCCAUAGGCUCUUUCACGUCAACAUCCAACUUCCUGUCGGUUCGCUUCAUCACUGAUCACAGUGUUACCCGAAGAGGGUUCCAGGCUCAGUACUACUCAGUCUUUGCCAAUAACAUCACCAGUCUCCUUUGUUUGUCAAAUCACAUGCAAGCCAGUGUGAGCAGGGACUACCUUCAGUCCAUGGGCUAUUCUGCCAGGGAUCUUGUCAUUCCUGGUUGGAAUGCAAGUUACCAGUGUCAGCCCCAGAUAACACAGAGGCAGGUCAUGUUCACAAUUCCCUACACAGGCUGUGGCACUACCAAACAGACUGACAAUGAGACCAUCAACUACUCCAACUUCCUCAAAGCAGCUGUUUCGAACGGCAUCAUCAAAAGGAAAAAGGACCUCCACAUCCAUGUCAGUUGCAAGAUGCUUCAGAACACCUGGAUCAAUACUGUGUACAUCACCAACAACACCGUCGAGAUCCAAGAAGUCCAGUAUGGCAAUUUUGAUGUGAACGUUUCCUUUUAUACAUCCUCCUCCUUCUUGUAUCCAGUGACCAGCAGCCCAUACUACGUGGAUCUGGACCAAAACUUGUACCUUCAGGCUGAAAUUCUCCAUUCUGAUGCCUCUUUGGCCUUGUUUGUGGACACCUGUGUGGCUUCACCAUACCCCAAUGACUUCUCAUCUUUGACAUAUGAUCUCAUCCGGAGUGGAUGUGUAAGAGAUGAAACCUACCGACUCUACUCCUCGCCGUCACCACGCAUUACCCGCUUCAAAUUCAGUUCCUUCCACUUCCUGAACCGCUUCCCCUCAGUGUACCUGCAGUGUAAACUGGUGGUGUGCAGAGCAUACGAUGCCUCUUCCCGGUGCUACCGGGGCUGUGUGGUGAGGUCCAAGAGGGAUACAGGCUCCUAUCAAGAAAAGGUGGACGUUGUCCUGGGACCCAUCCAGUUGCAAUCCCCCAGCAAAGACAGGAGCAGCCUGGACUUGGCAGUGAAGGAUGUGGAGAAACCAGCUCCCGCUAGCUCCCAGGCAGUCUACCCUACUGCUGCCAUCUUUGGUGGAAUCUUCCUGGCAGUGGUCCUAGCUGUGGCAGCUUUCACACUUGGAAGGAGGACACGCAUUGCCCAUGGCCAACCUCCGAGCACUAAGAUGUGAAGCAAAGCACACCCAGACAUUGGCUCCACGUGCAUAGAUUCCCAGAAAAGAUGGAAGACAUGAGCGCGUGAGGUUCGGCAACUGGAUACACCGUGGCUAGAUUUCCCUUAGCACAAAUGCAUGCGUGGCAAAGUAUGAUGAGAUGGCAGAGAAGAAAGGUGUGGGCCAAGUUUUCCCAGGGUCUACCGGCUGAAGGCU